AGAUGGGACCAUUACAACUUACAUAUGAACACAUUAAAGGUGAAAUGAAGAUGGGGUUGGGAGGGUAUUUGUAUAUUCAGUGCAGCAACUGCGGUCAGUUGAAUAACGUCCCAUACGGCAGUACAUACACCAAACCAUCAACAAGAGGACAGAAAAUACUCCCAGUGAACACAAAGUUGGGUGCAGCAAUGAUUGACUCAAUUGGAGGGCCACAACGAGUCAACAAUUUCCUUACCACCCUAGAUCUCCCAUCAAUAUCACACAAAAAUCUGAAAUGCAUGGAGAGACGAGCUGGGAAUCUGAUUGAGGCUUAUGCUGACAAACGUAUGGCCAGUGCAACAGAUGCAUCUUUCGAUGCUGAAAUGAGUGACAUCUCAAACUUGGAAGAAAAGAAUGCACCAUUCAUUCAGCAUGCAACUUUUGAUGAGGAGUUGGAGCAGACAGGAAGUUUUGAUUCAGAAAAUCAUAAUGAUUAUGAUGAUGAUUAUGAAGUGUAA